CACCGCGAGCUUUCCUGCGAAGGAGGAGCAGGGCAAAGAGCCUGAAAUGGGGCGCCAGAAGAAGCCGGGGAAGGAGGUCAAGCCCGUGAAAGAAAUCCCCUUCGUGACGGUGGAGGAGUUCGAAAGCGUGCCUGCGUACAUGCGAGGUCGCCUGUCGUACAAUCAAGUGAAUGCCGUGAUUCAAGAAAUCAACAAGGCCGUGGCCAGCAAGUACAAGAUCAUGCGCCAGCCCACUAAAUCUAUGUCCAGUACUGUCAGGAAUCUCUAUUUCAGAUUCCAGGAAGAAGAAACUAAGGACACAAAAGGCGAGUUCUUCAUCGUGGAGGCGGACAUCGAAGAGUUCACGCAGCUGAAGGCCGACAAGCGUUUCCACGGCAUCCUGACCAUCUUGCGCCACUGCCAGAGAGUGCGGGAGAUCCGGGGCUCGCGGCUUGUCCGCUACGCCGUUUGUUGAGAGGCGGCGUCUUUGCACUUGGGGUGGCGAAGUCCCCAAGAUGGGAAGAACCGGAUUCCGAAUGGUGACUUCAUUGGUUUUGGAUCUGCUUGGAGAGUGCUUUGAAAUCCUUUCGUAGUUAACGUACUACUCUUAGAAUGGGCCAACCUCCAGGCGUAGUUUUCCCUCCCCCCCCAAACAAACAAACAAACAUGAAGCUGUUUGACAAGCAAACAUCCUUUUCCCCCCCCUCCCCUGUUUGAGUUUUGCAUCCCGUGUCCUUAAAUAACUCCCCGCCCCACACACCGUUUGCCAUCGUUUGACGCGACUAACAACAUAGCCGCUUAAUGAAAUUUCUCUGAGCUCCUGAAGCUGGAAUUUUGGAAUUACUCAAACGCCAAUAAAGAGUCUUAGUUGCA